AAUUAAGCACAAUGUCGCCCAAGUAUACUGCCACAGAAAGCAGCUACUACCUAAAUUGAAGUUUGACUUUACUAUACAAGCAAGUGAAACCAAGACAUGCACUAGAGACUGCAAAUAUAGCAACAUCAACCAUGUUCAUGUUAUAUAUAUUACUAGGAACUCUCAACUACAUUCAUUUGAUUGAUUCUUGUACCAGUAAUACUGCAGGGGAUGCACUUCCCCCAUGUAAAUAUGUAUAGCUUAGAUUGAAGGGUUUCUAAAAUGUGAAACCUUAAGAGCAAGUUUGUACCUUGAGGUCUCAGCACGUACGUUCAAACCUCUUCUCCCCUAGUAUAGUAGGGGACCCCUACUAUACCUAAUGUAAUAAAGCUUGGGUCUCGAAGUUUUGGAGGGAAAGAAGACAUCCACCGACAGCAGUCCUACUUGAUAAAAUUACUCGAAGCAUCUGACAUCCUACACAUUUCUAUGGAAAUUUCCCAUGGUGAAACUCACUCCUGACUUUCCUUUUGAGGCUUUAAAUGUUUUUCGUCCGUUGAUGCCCAUAUUCAGUAACGAUCAAUAUUAAUAUUAAGCUCUUGCAUUGAAACCACACCAUGCCAGUGUCAGCUCCUAUCACAACUGUUCAGAAUUGAAUACCAUGCAUCUACCAUGAAUUGAAUACCAUGCACCUAUCACAACUGUUCAGAAUUGAAUACCAUGCAUCCACCAUAUCUGAUCCAUGACGGAUAUUAAUUUGCUUCACUAGAUACAUACACGUAAUAUGUAUUAUAAGUUUCUAUAUAUAGAAGGUAAAGAAGAAGCUGGCUGCAAAAACGUAUAUGCAAUAUGGGGGUGUGGUACACGUCGUGUGGAGAGUUUUGGGGGAGGGAAUGGAACUUACAAGAUGUAGCCACAACUAGUGGGCUUGUGCUCGUUCAUUGCCUUUGUCUAUUGGCACCCUUUCAUUUCACCUGGGGUGCAUUCUGUGUAUUCCACAUUCUGGUUUAUGUGACGGGUUUAGGGAUCACGCUGUCGUACCAUAGAAAUCUUGCCCACAAGAGUUUCAAGCUUCCAAAAUGGCUUGAGUACUUGUUUGCCUAUUUUGGGGUUCUCUCACUUCAGGAUAGUCCAAUUGCAUGGGUGAGCACACAUAGGUAUCACCACCAAUUUACCGACACAGAGAAAGACACCCACAGCCCCCUGAAGGGUUUAUGGUUUAGUCAUAUGGGCUGGAUCCUCGAUAGCAAUUCUCGAUUUGGAAAAUAUGGAGGACUAAAGAACGUUGGAGAUCUGAAGAGGCAACCAUUCUAUGUGUUUCUUCAUUGUACUUACCCUCUACAUUCACUUCUUCUUGGAGCUUUGCUAUAUCUCCUGGGUGGACUCCCCUUCUUCAUCUGGGGAAUGGGAGUGAGAGUGGUAUAUGUUCUCCAUGCAACUUUGUUGGUUAAUUCGGUUGGCCACAUGUGGGGAAAGCAAGUAUGGAAGACCGGUGAUUUGUCUCGGAACAAUUGGCUCUUGGGAUUCCUGGUGCUAGGAGAAGGCUGGCACAAUAACCACCAUGCCUUUGAAUUCUCAGCUCGUCAGGGUCUGGAAUGGUGGCAGAUCGACUUUACUUGGUAUGCGAUAAGAUUGCUUCAGGCUAUUGGGCUGGCAAGAGAUGUGAAGUCCCCAACUGAGACUCAAAAGCAACGAAAAGCUUUGGUUACUAGAACCAUGGCUAGUCAAGAUUAGGGUUUGAUGUAAUUACUUUGUUAAGUCAAAACUAUGUGUUGGUGUACAUUAGUGUAGAUCAGAUGCAAAUGUAUGAAAUGUUUUCGCAGUGCACGAAAUGAGAGCUAGCUAGAGAAGUAAAAAUCAAAGGAGCCAGCAUCUGAACUCACUUGCCCUCAC